AUGGCGCACCAGAACCGUCUCGCAAACGCCCACGUCCUUGUCUUUGGCGGCACUUCCGGGAUCGGAUAUGCCGUUGCCAACAUGGCCCUCUCAAAUGGUGCAUUUGUAACCAUAUCUGGGUCUACCCAAGCAAAGGUUGAUACCAGAGUCGAAAUGCUACGAUCCCUGUACCCAGACUACUCAGCCUCGAAUGUAGCAGGCUUCGCUGCUGACCUUCUCGAUAAGGAGAACCUGGAAUCCAAUCUGGAAGCUAUACUCGAUAAGGCGACCCAAGGCGGCAAGAAGCAGAUCGAUCAUAUUGUAUUCACAGCAGGCGAUGCACUUCAACUGCCUAAAGUUGCGGAAAUGAACAUCAAAACGGUGAUGGACGGCUUCACAGUCCGCCUUCUCGCUCCUUGUGCGCUGGCCAAACUUAUUGCAACUGGCGGAUACAUGCCAAAGUCUUCCAACAGCUCCAUCACGCUCACAGGAGGCACGAAUACGCACCGUCCGAUGCCAAACUGGACUCUAGGAGCAGCAAUCGGUGGCUCGAUUGAAGGCUUAAUCCGCGGUCUUGCAGUAGAUCUUGCUCCCAUUCGCACAAACAUCGUUCAUCCCGGCGCAAUUCAUACGGAACUCUUCCAAGGGCUGAUAGAAAGUUCUUCUCCCGAAGCUAUAGAGAAAUUCAAGAGAGGAGCUAGUCUGCUGAGAGAGUUUGGAAAACCAGAAGAUAUCGCAGAGGCGUAUGGUUGGAUCAUGAAGGACAGAUUCGCGAACGGGACAUUGGUAAACAGUGACGGCGGACGUAUGCUGGUUGGUCCAGAGUGA